CUGUCAGACAAACUUGAGAGCUUAGAAACCUGCUACAGGAUGCUACACUUUCUAAAUCAUGGACAAACUGUCUGUCUUUUUGUUUGUUCUUUCGUUUUACACCAUUGUCAAGUAAAAUGGACUUAACUUUAUCUCUUAACUUUGGUAGUUCAGUUUUUUGGGGGAAUCCUGUUUCCAUCCCGUAUAGUAGGUGGCUGAAUGGACAUUCAAUUGUGAUCGCCAAUUUACCAUAGAAGAAGAAGAAGACCCAAAUGAACUAUCUUGGGUUAGUUAUGAAUAUCUUUGAUUACAAGCAUGCAAGCUCUAUACAAAAAAUAUGUUACGCAGUUGGCUAAGUGAAAGAAAAAGUCUGAUAAACUCACUUCCUGUUGCGCAGUUUAAGUUGAAGGGCAAGUAUGUCAAACACUUCUUGCUACACAAUCAAAAUCAUGGACAAACUGUCUGUCUUUUUGUUUGUUCUUUCGUUUUACACCAUUGUCAACGCAGGUUCAGGAUCACAUUCUCUGUGGGUACUUGCAACAUACAUCACGGGAGAAACGCCUUUCCCUGAGUUUACUGUUGUGGUGAUGUUGGAUGACGUUCAAGUGGCUUACUAUGACUCCAACAAUAAACAGACUGUCUACAGGGGGCAACAUAUCAACAACAAAGAGGAUGAGGAAGCAAAGGACGGAGCUUAUGUAUUUGGAACUAUGUACCACCACAUGAAAGAGAGAUCCUUACACCUGAAGCACCACUUGAAUCUCACGGAAGGUGUUCAAGUUCAGCAAAGAAUGUCUGGCUGUGAGAUGUUGGACAAUGGUGAACCAGCCCUGAUCAUGCAAAAGGCCAAUUUCAAUGGCAUUUUUGCAGAUUUUGCAAUAUAUUACAACAUUACACAUUUUACAUACGAUGCUGGGAAACUACUUAUAGGAUGGGAUGGGAUGAUGCAAGCAUAUAAAAUAACAGUUUAUGAGAAUGUUUACCUUCCCAUGUGCAUCAGAACACUGAAGACAUUCCUGAAGAUAGAUAAGAAUGUUGUGAUGCGUAAAGUGCCUCCCAGACUCAGGUUGAUAAAGAAAGAGGUUUCUGGAGGGCUUCAGGUGAGCUGCCUGGCGUUUGGUUUCUACCCCCGCCACAUCAACCUGACCAUGCUGAGAGACGGCCAGCCAGUGGCAGAACAGGAGCUGACAGGGGGGGAGGUUCUGCCUAGUGGAGAUGGGACCUACCAGCUGAGGAAGAGUCUGGAGGUCAGUACUGAGGAGCUAAAGAAGAGACACAACUACACCUGUACUGCCUCUCACCUCAGUCUGGACAACAAGCUGGAUGUCAGUUGGGAGUCUGGGGCAGAGAGAGUACACCUAUCCACCCUCUCAGCUCUGCUGGUGAUGGUGCUGAUUGUUAUUCUAUUGGGCAUUUUCAUUUGCAUCAAAAGGAGGUGGAGAUGCAUUGCCUCCCAGUCAAAACUUGCCAACUUUGAUGCAAAUGUGUCAGAGGAAAUGAACCUUUCUUCAGAUUCUGAGAAUUAAUAUAUUUUUGGGACACUGAUGCAACUUUGUCAAUUCAGCUCAAUUGACAAUGAAAUUAUAACUGCCAGAGCACCUAUGAGGGCAGACACAAAAUGUGUGAAUGGUUGUUAUGGUCGGUCAAUCUUCCCUUCCCCUCAACAAAGGACUGUAAAGGAUCAGUUUGGGGAGACUGUUGACAAUAACAAGUAUACAGAUCUGCAUUUUUUUUUUCUAGGCUGAUAUGGCAACCUGAGCAUUAAAAAAGGUAAUCUGGGAGUUAUUUCUGUUAUGUAAUCUGUAAUUUCUAAUCACGACUAUUCAUUCAUUUCACAAUUCUAUCUGUGCUGCAUUAGCUGAUAGCCAGUAUCUUAACCAGAAGGAGAAUCGUGAUCAUGUGUAUGAGGUCUGUUUAUUAUUGGAAUGACUUUACAGUGUAUCUGUUUUGUAUUGUAUGUAGUGUAUGUUCACCCUAGCUGCACAAUAAUACCUUUAUUACAGACAAUAAAAUGUAGCCUAAUCGAUGAAUGCAUUGAUUCAUUUUAACUACAACAUUAAUUAAAGCAAUGUCAAGUAUACCUUAAUUUCUCUCAGGAACUUGUUUAUCACUGUGGAAGGGAGAGAAAUCGGAGACUAUUUCACUCCAGUUUAAGACUGGCAUGAGUAUUCAACUAAAGUGAAUGUUGUAUGCAUGAUAAACAAAUAAACAGUUUUAUCAUAGAAUGCCUUUAGUAGAGAAUGAAUCAGUUCGAUUGUAGUCAGUGCAUGAAAAGUCAUUUUCUAUUUUACAGUAGCACACCGCUCAUUCUAAACAUCAUUUGUUUAGUGUUACUUUUCCCCAGUCAAAUAUUCAGGCCUACAUUUCCACUUCAAGGCUGGACCACAACAUAAAACAUAGCUUUUGAAUAUAAGAUCUAGUUGAAUUAACUGUUAUUUUGUAUUGAACACUGAACGGUAUAUCAAAAGGCUGCAAAGCCAAUGUCUCCAUUCCACAUUUAGAAAUAAGUAUCCUUUCAUGUUACCUGCUUCCUAAUGAAACCAGCUAGGUUCAAACCUAGGUCUCCUGCGCACCAGGAUACUGUGUUAGCCCUCUGAGCUAAAUCCUAGAACCACUGGUGACAUUCCUAAACCUGCUGUCUUUCUGCUAUUUUACAUAUAAAACAAACAUCAAUAUCUUAUCUACAUUUCAUUACUGACAUAAAGGGCGUGUACAAAGGUGGUGCUCCAAAUGGCACCCUAUUCCCUCCAUAGUGCACUAUGGGCCCUGGUUAAAAGUAGUGAACUAUGUAGGGAAUAGGGUGCCAUUUGGGACGUAGCCAUAUUUACUGGCCUUUGUCAAUUAAGUUCCCCAGUUCUGCACGCCCCAGUGUUUUACCUAAAGGAAGAAAGAAGGCUGAAUUGUAUUUGUCUUGGAGACUAAUGCCUCAUAAAGAGUAAAUAUAAUUUGUCAAUCUGAAAUGAGUCAGAGUUAGUGCUGCCUUUCAUUUUCCAAAUAAAGUAUUGUUCAUUGUGAACCUUGCCUGGUUGUCGUUCAUCCUUCCUGAAAUUGCACUGGGGCACAAAAUAACCAACAAUGUCCAUAUCUGACACACACACAGCCACACAGUCACACACACAAGCAGGGACGGACAGACUUGGAGGUCGGGGGCCCCCAGAAUGCAUGUGAUAGCAAAAGUGUAGAAUUGUAGGAAAUUAGCUUUAAAACUGCAACAUUUGCUUUUAGUCUCACGACAAAAUUUAUAGAAUAGCAUUAUAAAAUUGCUAACUUUCAAUUCGGCUCCACAUGUGACCUCAGUCUGGAAGCACAAAUCACCUUUUUUUUUUGCUCUGAAGUGUUUGCACAUGACCUGCCAUUACCAUGACAACCACCUCCAAAAUGUUAAGGAACAGUGACAGGAAAUGAGCAUUGCAUCUGAGUGCUACUUCAGAGGCUACAUCAUGAAUGCGCAAAUCUGAUAUGGGUCACAUGUAAAACUGAGUGUUGACAGUCAGAAAAAAAGAUUGGAUAUGGGGGAAAAAACAGAAUUGGGUUCUUCAGGUGGUUGUGUAAACAUAGCCAUGGCGAAUGCAAUAA